UGGAUCCGGAGUCACGAGACCUGUUUCCCCCCUGGCCGACCCUCAUUUGCCUUCGACGCCCAAAAGUCCGGACGGGCGAUUCUCGUUUCCUCGGCCUCCCUGGCUGGGAUAAGCCUGACUUCACUGUCACUUCACUUACUUUCCUCCCCCUCCCUCCUGCUCCUCCUUCUCCUUCAGUGAAUUUCCUCUUUUUACAUCCUCGCAUUCACCCGCCUUUUUAAAUCGUCUCUCCACGUCCCCCCUUCCCUAGGUUCAUGUCGUCCACGUCGAGUUCAGCCUCGUCCAGUUCCGCUGCCUCAGCCUCCGCCGCCUUCGCCGCCCCACCGCCUCCUGCUAAUAUCCGACCUCAUGCGAGCUCGGAAAAUUUACGGUUCAGUGAGGCUGGCCCUGCACUAGAUAGACGCACCGAGAGACGGCGAUCCACUCUCAGCGGGUCGGAUCGUAAACGGCGGAUAGUCAAUCUGGAGGGCGAUGCGUGGUCGAGGCGUGCAGCUCCCGACCCGUUGACCGAAGCCGGCCCGAGUAGUAGAGCAGAGAUGGAUGCCAGCAGGUCGAUUUCCCAACUUUCGUUCCACACGCGACAGGAUUCGGCCCUCCCAGGUUCCUCCUAUGCAACCCCGGUCGGUUUAACACCCUCACCAUUGGAAUCUCGCCCGCAGGGCCCGAAUGGCCAUCGGCGUGGAUCGUGGUCGCGCGCGGAAAACAAUUACGUGGAGUAUAUACGGCCGCACUGGCAACCUGAUGUGGAGGUGACGAAAUGUCCCAUCUGUGGAUCGAAUUUCAGCUUUUGGUACAGAAAACAUCACUGCCGUAAGUGUGGCCGAGUUGUGUGUGCGUCAUGUUCACCACACCGGAUUACCAUCCCACGCCAGUUCAUCGUGCGCGAUCCCAGCCGGUCCCAUGCGUCAUCCUCUCUGAUCCCUCCAAGGACCGCUCCGGCCCUCGGUAUGGGAGGAGAUGAUACCGUCCAUUCUCCUACAGCUCUCAACCCGGCCCUGGGCGGCGGGGAGGAGGUGCGGCUUUGUAACCCAUGCGUUCCGGAUCCGAACCCAGAACCGCCCCGUGGGUUUGCGACUGUUCGAACCCGUGGGGAAGCCGAAUCGGGCACGGGCGUAGUGCAGGGGGCCUAUGCCGUUCCAUCCAGUCAAUCUCGGCGCCGGUCUUAUCAUUCAACGUCGUCAUCUUCCGCUACCCAACAUCCGUACAGUGCCGUGCUUCCAGGUACUUUCCCUUCCCGACAGGGUCGACGGACAGUGGGCUCGAGCGAUUUCCUGACAUUUGGCGGGUUUGGAAGCGCGUUUACUCCACGGCUCCAAGAGCGGCCUAUGGAUUACGGUUCGCUGUCGAGUUCCCGCAUUCCUCCUGCGGCUAUGGGUGAUGGUGCAUCUGCUCGACCACUUUAUCCAGCUGCCGGAAGUGCCAGCUCGUUGCCUGUGUCGUCGUCGACCGCCCGGCCCCCAGCCCUGCGGAUAUCGCAGUGGAAUCGGAGCCAUGUCGAGGAGCGCGAUCUUUGUCCGAUUUGUGACCAGGCACUCCCGGCGUUGGGGGAGAACGGGAGCGAGGAUGCCCGGGAGGCACAUAUUCGCGAUUGUAUUGAGAGUCAUGGUCGGCAGGGACGCUUAUCACCCCCGAUCGGCAGCCCUGUGGCACAAGCGCACCUUCCUGUUCGCCUCGUCGUGUUCAAGGCCACAGAAAAGGACUGCAUUGGACAAGAUGGCGGGCUGCAGGAGUGUACCAUCUGCAUGGAAGAAUAUGAGGUUGGUCAGUCCCUGGUGCGGCUCGAGUGCUUGUGCAAAUUCCACAAGCGCUGCAUCGUGGAGUGGUUUGAACGCAAGAAGGAGUGCCCGGUGCAUAAGGUAUCCUGACUGAGCUGAUGUGUUGUUGUCGCGGCUGGUUUCGCGCUGGUUUGUUUUCGAUCUCCCGUAGCGAUUUACAUGACGAAUGUUCUGUCUGAGAGUUAUGUUUCUAUGAGCCGGAGUCCUGGCUUGUUGUUUCUGACUUGGCGGCUGAUCUACAGCCCGGAGUCUUUGUUUCUUGUUAGGGAGUCAUGGGUCUACGUUGGUGUUUUGUACUCAUUCUUGUUCCCCCCUUCCCACCCCUCCAUGUGUCUGCAGUGAUUCGGUGCUCG